UGUCUUCAGAAGUUGGAACACAAGGAACAUUGAACAAUACACCGAUGCAGCAACCCCUAGUUAUUUCCAUCUCUGUAAUUCUUGGAGUUAUGGUUCUGUGUGGUAUUAUUUAUAUAAUUUAUCUGAAAAGAUCGGCAAGAAGUAAAGAAGCCAGAGAUAUUGUUUUGGGAAUGCCUAUGGAGUACUUGCCUCAUAGAGAUAGUUUUGAUGAAGAUUUAAUCACUGAAGAUGAUAAGAAACGGAUUGAUGUCCCGUUUUUCAGCUUGAAUAGCAUACUAGUUGCUACUGAAAACUUCUCAAAUGCAAGUAAGCUCGGGAGAGGUGGAUUUGGACCUGUUUAUAAGGGUAAGUUUCUCGGAGGUACAGAUAUGGCAGUUAAAAGGUUGUCAAGUAAUUCUGGACAAGGUGUUGAAGAAUUUAAAACUGAAGUAAUGUUGAUUGCCAAACUGCAGCACAGAAAUUUAGUUAGGCUUCUAGGCUAUUGUGUUGAGAGAAAUGAAAAGAUUUUGUUAUAUGAAUAUAUGCCCAACAAAAGCUUGGAUACGUUUCUAUUCGAUCAUGCAUUCUGUCGAUUACUGGACUGGAGGAUUCGUUUUGAAAUUAUAUUGGGUAUUGCUCGAGGGUUACUUUAUCUUCACCAAGACUCAAGGCUAAGGAUCAUUCAUAGAGAUCUAAAGACGAGCAACAUAUUGUUAGAUGAAGAAAUGAAUGCCAAAAUAUCAGAUUUUGGCUUGGCAAGGAUUGUUGAAGGCAAAAAUACAGAAGCCAAUACUAACAAAGUCGUUGGAACAUAUGGCUAUAUGUCUCCGGAAUAUGCAUUGGAGGGACUCUUUUCAAUCAAGUCUGAUGUAUUUGCCUUCGGAGUAGUCCUACUCGAGAUCGUAAGUGGGAGGAGAAACAUGGAAUUUUUCGAAGAUGUAAACCUCAUUGGUCAUGUAUGGAGACUGUGGAUGAAAGACAGUGCAUUAGACAUGAUGGAUCAAACCAUAGUUGAGUCGUGCGAUGAAAGUGAAGUGCUAAAGUGCGUUAAUGUGGCACUCCUAUGUGUUCAAGAAGAUCCAGCUGAGCGUCCUGUAAUGUCAAAUGUUGUUUUUAUGCUUGGAGGUGAAAGCAUAACACUACCAAGACCAAAUCAACCAGCUUUUAUAGCACGAAGAAAUAGUGCUGGUGCAAGUACAUCUUCUUCGUCUUCUAAGCUAUACAACACUUCCAACAAUGGGUUGACAAUAACUCAACGAGUAGGCCGAUGAAAUCAAUAUACAUAUAAGUUAAAUGCAUAACGCACACAAGCCAAUAAUGUGCCGGUAUAUCUUUACUUCAAUUUCAGUUUGAAUUUCUGUUAAAUUAUUUUGGCACGCAAAAUAACCGAUUGUGUUGUAGUCUCGGAUAGAAUAAUUAAAAAAUUUAUUAUCAAGUAGAGUUAUGUACAAGUUCUAUAAAAACUUUGUUUGGAUAUAAUGUCACAAUUAAUGUAUUAUGUAUA